UGUGGAUUUAGAUCUAGCAAUAAAAUUGAGAAGAGGUCUAUCUCAGCAGAGAUUGAACUUCCAGAUCCUAUUUCAAUAUGGGUAACGUCCUAGGAAUGAAUAAGAUCAUGGAUGAUCAACUAGCAAAGAACCAAGAAUUCAUGUUGAAGAUGCAAACCAUGACUCUGGAGAGGCAGUUAGCAAUGCAGAAUGUGAUGAGGGAGAGGAUGAUGGCCACACAAAUUGCCAGAUCUAGGGACUUGUUCUACUGGUUCGCAUCAUUUUACAGUUUAGCCUUAAUAGGAGGCAUUGCUGGGUUCAGACAUACCAGAAAACCUGCAGCCAUAGUUCCCUUAGUACCUCUAACAUUUAUCCUUGGUUACCAAGCUGAUAUGGCAUUUUACACAAAGAUACAUAGAAUACAAGUUGAGGCGGAAAGUAUAUUGAAAUCUGAACAAGAUCUUCUUGCAAUGCCAGGUGGUGUCCCCACUGUUGAGACAAUUGACCAGGCUAGACGAGCCCGCAAGGAUGAGGAACGUGCCAAAAGUCAUCAAUUGUUCCUUUAAUUUAGAAUCGAUAUAGGAUUUCAUAUAUAGUUUUAUUAGCUAUUUUAUAGUCUUGUUUCAAGCCCUUUGUGACCAGUAGCCCUCCUUAAGACUUUAUGUCAAGUAGACAUGGGUAGGGUCCAAAGACUUGAUGCAAGGCUACCGUUUUCAUGGAUAUAUAAGAAUAAAGACAGUAAUUUAUAUUGACCUGUAUUGUUUGUCAGGGGAUGUUC